AUAAGAAUUAACUUGAAGGCAAAAGAUAUGAGCAUGGAUUUUGUGAAACUACAGAGAAAGUAACCAAAGAAUCAUUAAUAAAAAGACCAUGGACAGAGCAAGAAAAACACCAUCACCAUCAUCAGCACCAAGAAACAGGUCCUUAUCUCAACGACAAUCAUCCUUUCUUAAAAUGAAACGUUCUACUUCUAUUUCUACAAAAUCUAGAAAAAGUGACAAGAACAAGUAUGCAUACAUCCCAGACAACUAUUCUUCACUAGAACAGGUUACAGAUGCAUUAAGAGCAUCUGGGUUAGAGUCUUCUAAUCUUAUCCUUGGAAUAGAUUUUACUAAGAGUAAUGAAUGGACAGGUAGAGUUUCAUUCAAUAAUCGCAGCCUUCAUGCCAUCACUGAUUCUCCUAAUCCCUACGAGAAGGCCAUAUCCAUCAUUGGAGAGACACUCGCUCCUUUUGAUGAUGACAACUUGAUUCCUUGUUUUGGGUUUGGAGACUCAACAACACAUGAUCAAGAAGUAUUUAACUUUCAUGAAGACGGUUCCCCUUGUCAUGGAUUUGAAGAAGUCUUAACAUGCUACAAGAGGGUGGUGGAAAAUGUACAGUUGGCAGGGCCAACAUCUUAUGCACCCGUUGUGAAUGCUGCCAUAAAUAUAGUAGAGAAAAGUGGAGGCCAAUUCCAUAUUCUCGUUAUCAUAGCAGAUGGACAGGUUACAAGAAGUGUUAAUACAAGUGAUGGAGAAGUCAGUUUACAGGAGCAGAAAACAAUUAGUGCAAUUGUUGAAGCAAGUUUGUAUCCUCUCGUGAUCAUUCUUGUUGGUGUUGGAGAUGGUCCUUGGGACGACAUGAGAAAGUUUGAUGACAAGCUUCCUACUCGUGGAUUUGAUAAUUUUCAGUUUGUUAAUUUUACGGGUAUCAUGUCCAAAGAUAUAAGUCCACCUCAUAAAGAAGCAGCUUUCGCACUUGCUGCCCUUAUGGAAAUUCCCAUACAAUAUAUGGCAGUAACUGAACUUGGCUUACUUGGACGAGUGACUGGGAACACAAUGAGAAUAUCUCCACGACCACCUCCACGUCCAAGAGGCAGCACUCAUGUUCCUCGUAUGAACAGCACAUUGCCUACACAACAAGAUGAUGAUAACAAGACAUGCCCAAUCUGUCUCACAAACGAUAAGGAUAUGGCCUUUGGAUGUGGACACAUGGCUUGUAGAGAAUGUGGAUCAAGGUUGAGUCGCUGUCACAUAUGUCGCCAACAAAUCAGCUCCCGGAUCAGGCUUUAUACAUGAUGAUCACAUGGCGAUCAAUAUUCAUAUGUAAACUAAACUAAAUGGAAGUUUGUAAGUUGAUAAAACAAGUCUAUUGGUAUAUAUCUGAAGGGAAAUACAACCAAUAUUGUAUAUUAAUUAGCGGUU